CUGCCCCUGAUAUUGCGUUGUAUUAGGCGGUGAAAACUUGAAUUUCAUGAAGAAGCGGUAAAGAGGAAUUUGAAUUUUUGGUUCUGUUCCUCAGAGUGCCUCCCGAUAUUGAUCUAAGUGCAAUUUGUGUGGAUUUAUUGAGUUUUUGAGCAAUGACUAAAGAGAGUUUAUCACGUAGACGGGUUUCGGUCAACUUUUCGACAGCCGAAGCGGUUUCUUCCAUCCGUGACACCAUCGAUCGGUUGAAUCAGCUGUGGGACCGGAUAAAUAUGGAGGAAUGCAUGAGAUGCAGACGUAUCGAGAAGUUUUUCCUGUAUAUUUCCGAUCUUCUGAAUCAAAUGGUAGCUGAUGAAGAAGAAAUGGUUGAAGGAAUACAGGAAGGUAUCGAGGAAAUGAAUAGGCAAGUAGAUGGUCUGUGCAAAGAACUUCAUUUACCUCCAAUUGGGAGGAUCCAUAUGAAACCAGGCUCACUCGCAUUGUAUCGUGCACUGCAUCAAGACAUAGGACGACUGCAGAGUUUGAAAGAUGAUAGGUUGCAAGGACAGAAAAAGUUAGUUGAGGAACUUGCAAAGCUUGCGGUGCAAACCGGUGAAGAAAUUGAAGACCUUCCAUCAAGUACAGCUGUUUGUGAUGAUGCGGCUAUUGUUCGUCUUCAAGAUCGUGUCUCUCAUUUGAAUGAAUUGCUUACUGAACGCAUGGAACAUUGUAAGCAGUGGCAGGUGGAUAUGAAACGUUGGUACAAGCAAAUGGGUAGUACGCCGUCAAAGGAAUUAGGCAAGACAUUCACCACUUUGGAUUUGGACAGUGAAGAACUAGUUUGGGAUAAGCAUUUCGUGGAUGAAUUUGCAAGUGCUUUUGAUGAGGUUAAAGGGGAAUAUAACGAAUGGAUUGAGCAGGCUUGUUUUGAUUAUACCGAGACGUUACUAAGACUUUGCGAGCUUUGGGAUUUAUGUCAUGUUCCAGAUGUAGAACGAAAUAUUGCGCGAGAAUUCAAUCCAUCGAUCCAUACUGUGCAUGAUAUCCAGCAAGCAAAGGAACAAGUGCAGUCGUUAGAAAAAUUUCUCGCUGAUCGAGCGGAAGUAUACAAGAAAAUGAAGGAGUGGAAAGAUCUUUGGAAUGAAAAAGUUGAGUUUGAGCGUCGCGCAAACGAUAAAUCACGUUAUCACAAUCGUGGUUGUGAGCUGCAAACAGCUUUGAAGCGACAAAAAUUCAUUGCGCAUCGACUUCCAAUCAUACAAAACGAGUUGAAGGAGGAGGUGGAGAAGUACGAGUCAACUCAUGAUAAUCAGAUUCUGAUGGACGGGUUAUCACCCUGCGAGCAUAUCGAAUCCAUAAUGGAAGAAUAUAGAAUAAAUAAGGAGCUUGAACGUAAACGAAAGAAACAAGUGGAGGCAUUCACAGGUAGCACAUCGAAUAUAUCAAAUAUAAUUACUCCGAAGAAGCGUGGCGCUCCGUCAGCCUUUACUACUCCUUGUUCUUCAGCUAAAGUAGCGAAAGUAAAACCACUUACACGAUUUGAUCAGACAGUAUCAAAGGGUCCAGAUACAUUGCUGUCACAUAUGAAAUCUGUCUCAGCAAGUACGGCAAGCCUUCACUCGGUGAUCACGCCCGUUCGACCACCAACGACCGGACCGAAAACUUCAUCACCAUUAAGAUCGGCCGACAAAGGAACCAGAAAACCGUUAAAGGGGUUUAAUCUUCCACCGCUAUAUAAGACACCUAAAAAUAGAAAGUACCGUUUUGAGUUAGCAUGACUGGUAGAUUAUUAUGCUGUUGUUUUCUGAACUCAAUUCUUGAGAUCAUAUUAAUUUUGCCACCAGUAUUUCGAUUGUAUGUGCUGUAACAAAUAACUGAUGUCAAAUUUGCUAGUGCAGGAUUUUUUAAUGUUUUGAAUUUCAAUUCUGUGUAUUUUUACAGUAAUAUUCGUCC